UUGUUGCCAUUACUGGUUGAAGCCGUUGUAGCACCCAUGAGAGAUGGUGCGCGACGCCAUGGGCGUGGUGCAAUUUGGUGCAUGCUCCUCGCCUGCGGUGUGGGGUGCUUUGUUGCACCGCCACGUGUGGGGUUGUACCAAGUGAGCUCGCAACGAUGCCGAGCAUGCCUCCGCCUGUCGCUGAAGAAUAUGAGCUUCUGGGAAGUUGCCACCACAGUAGCCAAUGCAGCCAAUAGUACGACAGGUUCAUACCUCACAGAGGUCAACCGUACAGCCACAGCGUUUCUGCAGAGAAGAGAUGCAGUAGAUCGCGAUGAUGCUAUUGCCAACCUCUGCGAACAGAUGCAAAUAAAAGGUAGACUUUGUCUGGUGCUUGGGGGCAAAAACUUGGGCAAGACACUGCUCAAGGAAAAGGCUAUUGCUAGAUGCAAGGCAGCAGUGAACAUCCUUUCAGUCAACAUGCGGGACGCAGACAUGCUUGGCAAGGAUCUGAUGACGGCACUCAACUUGCAACGUCUGAAAUCCCUUGGGUGGGCACGUCUCUCGUUGGAGAUGUUGGGUGCAGUCAUCCGAUUGCCUGUCAACUACGCCCUGAAGAUUAGUGGACUCAGUCAAGCUGGAGCGGUGGCUAAGGAAGCGUUAGGUGUCGCAACAUCACAUUGUCAAGUCAACAUCGACAACUUUAUCUCCCGAAGCAGGAAGAUCCCGAGCAUCAUCAUCGAUGAAGCAAAUUUGGCACUACCUGGAAUGAAUGCUGGAGAUGGAAGCGUUGUAGCUGGAUCAGCUCUGCAAGCCCUCACGAAGUGGACCAAGGAGACAAGUCAAGCAAGUGUGAUCCUGGUCUCCUCAGAGUUUGGCUAUCCCUUCCGCCUGCAAGCUGCAGGGUUAGACCUCAGGGACACCGGCAACAUCAUUGUCAUCGGCGAAGUGCCAGAGUCAGACAUGCUCAAGAUGCUGAAGGAUGAUUGGAGCAUGGACGAGGACUUGGCAGAGAUGUUCUACAACUACUUUGGCGGCGACAUUUACACCACCAAGCAGGCUUUGGACAGCCUCAUUCGGAAGAAAGAUACCUUCGACCCCUUUGCGGUUGUGCGAUGUCCCGGGCUGCCUUCGUGUGUGGAAAAUGCAGCGGCCAGGGCUCACCUCGAGAACAUCGCGAAGCAAGGCUUCUCUUUGGUGAAGAAUGUGAAGACGGACGAAGGUGCGAGGAUGAUUGCCCAGGAGAACGUGGGCGGGGUCAUCGACAAGGAUGCCAUCACCUUCGGUUUACCCACCAUCUUCACUGGCGCAGACACGGAAUGGGCUGUCAUCCCCUCGUCUUAUCAUAUGAAGCUGCUGAUUGCCCGUAAGCUCCAACAAAUUCCUUUGCCAACAUCAGGUGGUACUGGGACUGCACAACCAGCCGUUUGGGUGAGACAAAUCCGCAAGGAUGGUGAUACAUUCGAGCAGAUUGGCAACGCUUUCCCAAUUGACCCAGUGCCCUUCAAUAUUGCCUAUUUGAAGAAAGCAAUUAAGGCAGAGAAGCCGAACAAAGUGAAGUGUGACGCAGAUGAAAUUGAUAUUUUUAGCCAACAGGAUGGAAAGUGGAUAAAAGAAGAAAAGAUGUCGGCAAGCCUUCGCGACACGGAUGAGACAGAUUGCUAUGGCUUCACAUUGCCAUCAGUGUGAGUGCUUUUCUCAGCAGCGUUACGCCUAGCGUUCCACUUGUCUUGCCCUUCUGUGGCUGAGGUGAAACCAAUUGAGAGCAAGGGUUCCCAAUAGUUUCAACGAAUUCCAUCUUUGGAGUAAAUGUAGAGUGGAUGUCGCUGUGGCAUGACCGUGCAUCACUCACAAGAUAUGAG